GCCGUGUGACUAGAAAUUGUAAUCGCAGAGAAAGGAAGAGAGGCAGAGCUGGGCGAGGGACGAUGAGGCAGGCCCCAGGACAGACGGACAGACAGACAGACAGAUGAAACCUGGCUGAGCCAGGCUUCCGGCAAUGACAGGGUGACGGGGACAGUGAGGAGGAGGACAGACAGACAAGGGGUCCAGUGGUCCUCGGCGAGGCAAGACAGAGUCGGGGAGCUGGGGAGAGGGGCAGAAGCUGGGUCUUCGAGUGGAGAGAAAGGAAGCUGGUGUGGGGGGACUAAAGUGGAGGGCACAGGACCGGAGGAGGCAAGGGCUUGCUUGUGUGGUGGUCAAGAGAAGAAGGCCGGGCUCCCCUAGAGGGUGGGAAGGGCGACAGACGAGGGGGGGGUGCAGGGAGACCCAAGAAGCCCCUGCGCCCCCCCCCCCCCCAGCACAAGCUCAGCGGGAAGCAGCAGGAAGCUGGGGUGGCAGGGCCUGGCUUGGGGCAACCGCAGCCAUGUGGAGGGGGGGCCUGGGGCACAGAGAGGAGGCCGUCGGAAGCCAAGCCACCAGGCCCCCCAGCGUGCCCUCAGAGUAUGAACAUUGAGGAUGGCGCAAGCCCACACCCGUGGCUCCCCGUGCCCCCUGCUGCCGCCUGGUAGGAUGUCCUGGCCCCACGGGGCUCUCCUGCUCCUGUGGCUCUUCUCCCCACCCCUGGGGGCCGGUGGGGGCGGUGUGGCCGUGACCUCAGCCGCUGGAGGAGGCUCCCCGCCAGCCACCUCCUGCCCAGCAGCCUGCUCCUGCAGCAACCAGGCCAGCCGGGUGAUCUGCACGCGGAGGGAGCUGGCCGAGGUUCCUGCUAGCAUCCCUGUCAACACCCGCUACCUGAACCUGCAAGAGAACAGCAUCCAGGUGAUCCGCACAGACACAUUCAAGCACCUCAGGCACCUGGAGAUCCUGCAGCUGAGCAAGAACCUGGUGCGCAAGAUUGAGGUGGGCGCAUUCAAUGGGCUGCCUAGUCUCAACACACUGGAACUCUUCGACAACAGGCUGACCACAGUGCCCACACAGGCCUUCGAGUACCUGUCUAAGCUCCGGGAGCUGUGGCUGCGCAACAACCCCAUCGAAAGCAUCCCAUCCUAUGCCUUCAACCGCGUGCCCUCACUGCGCCGCCUGGACCUGGGCGAGCUCAAGCGGCUGGAGUACAUAUCAGAGGCGGCCUUCGAGGGGCUGGUGAACCUGCGCUACCUCAAUCUGGGCAUGUGCAACCUAAAGGACAUCCCCAACCUCACAGCGCUUGUGCGCCUGGAGGAGUUGGAGCUGUCAGGGAACCGGCUGGACCUAAUUCGCCCCGGCUCUUUCCAGGGCCUCACCAGCCUGCGUAAGCUGUGGCUGAUGCAUGCCCAAGUGGCCACGAUCGAGCGAAAUGCCUUUGACGACCUCAAGUCGCUAGAGGAACUAAACCUGUCCCACAACAACCUGAUGUCGCUGCCACACGACCUUUUCACGCCCCUGCACCGCCUAGAGCGCGUCCACCUCAACCACAACCCCUGGCACUGCAACUGUGAUGUGCUGUGGCUCAGCUGGUGGCUAAAGGAAACAGUGCCCAGCAACACCACAUGUUGCGCACGCUGCCACGCACCCGCUGGCCUCAAGGGCCGCUAUAUCGGUGAGCUGGACCAGUCACACUUCACCUGCUACGCCCCGGUCAUCGUGGAGCCACCCACAGACCUCAAUGUUACCGAGGGUAUGGCGGCCGAGCUCAAGUGUCGCACAGGCACAUCCAUGACUUCUGUCAACUGGCUGACACCUAAUGGCACGCUCAUGACGCAUGGUUCCUACCGCGUGCGCAUCUCAGUCCUGCACGAUGGCACGCUCAACUUCACCAAUGUCACCGUGCAGGACACGGGCCAGUACACGUGCAUGGUGACAAACUCGGCCGGCAACACCACUGCCUCGGCCACACUUAACGUGUCGGCUGUGGACCCUGUGGCCGCAGGGGGGGCUGGGGGCGGGGGCCCCGGGGGUGGGGGCGGUGCAGGGGGCGCGGGCGGCUACACCUACUUCACCACGGUUACCGUGGAGACGCUGGAGACACAGCCGGGUGAGGAGUCGCAGCAGCCCCGGGGUACGGAAAAGGAGCCCCCGGGGCCCACGACCGAUGGCGCAUGGGGCGGUGGCCGGCCUGAUGCCGCAGCCCCGGCCUCGGCGUCCACCACGGCGCCGGCCCCACGCUCCUCGCGGCCCACGGAGAAGGCGUUCACGGUGCCCAUCACGGACGUGACGGAGAACGCGCUUAAGGACCUAGACGAUGUCAUGAAGACCACCAAGAUAAUCAUCGGCUGCUUCGUGGCCAUCACCUUCAUGGCCGCUGUGAUGCUGGUGGCCUUCUACAAGCUGCGCAAGCAGCACCAGCUGCACAAGCACCACGGGCCCACGCGCACUGUGGAGAUCAUCAAUGUGGAGGACGAACUUCCCGCCGCCUCCGCUGUGUCGGUGGCCGCGGCCGCCGCUGUGGCCGGAGGCGCGGGCGUGGGCGGGGACAGCCACCUGGCCCUUCCGGCGCUGGAGCGAGACCACCUCAACCAUCACCACUACGUGGCGGCCGCCUUCAAGGCACACUACGGCGGCAACCCAGGAGGCGGGUGCGGGGCCAAGGGCCCCGGCCUCAACUCCAUCCACGAACCUCUGCUCUUCAAGAGCGGCUCCAAGGAGAACGUGCAAGAGACACAAAUCUAAACCUGGGCGCGCAGGGACGCAGGACGUCGGCCGGCCGGGGAUGCUCCUGCUUGCCGCGCUGCCCGGCGGCGCCCGACAUCCUGCAACAGGAAAGGACCUGGAGAUCAGGAGAGGUGGCCCGGCCCUCCACCUUGCCGUACCCUCUGCCCACCUGCCCUGCCCGCCACCUUCCAGGGGAGAGGAGCUUCUUCGAGGGGUACCCUUUCCCCUCAUCCCAACCCUCCUUUUACGGCUCUUUCUUUUUUCUUUCUUUCUUUGCAGUUUGACGCCUGUCCUUCCCUCCUACUCCUCCACCCUCAAAACACAAGAGA